AUGGCAUGCUUCGCUGCAGGCGUGGAGCUGAAAGGGCACAAGAAAACCCACGACUACUUUGUGGUGGACCGCGUUCAGUGUGCACUGUAUCGAGAGGACUGGAAGACAGAUGAAGAAUUGCGGCUGCUGCAGGCUGUGGAGGCGUGCGGCCUCGGGAACUGGGAAGCAGUCGCACAACGCAUGCCAAAACGAUCAUCAGACGAAUGUCGACGGCACUACGCGGAAGUGUACCUGGACGUCCCCACAGCACCCAUGCCCGAGACACCAAAGGCUGCGCCCGAGAAGCGCCACACGAAGAGGAGGGGUGGGUCCAACAACACCACGUCAGCCGCCAGCAAGCGCUCAAGAGCCUCACAAGCUGGGAACAUGCAGCUUGGCGACGAGUAUGCGGGCUUCUACACGCGUCGCGGUGACUAUGCCACUGAGGAAGCGGUGAACGCAGAGGCGAGUCUGAACGAUGUGGUCAUGUAUGAUGACGAUGACGACGUUGUGUCUGCCCUGAAGCAAGGCCUCCUCCGCGCCUACCGCACCCGCCUCGCUUCAAGGCUGCAGCGUCGCAAAUUCGCCUCAGAGUUUGGACUGAACGACCCGAAGGCCAUCACACCGUCCACAACCACAGGACAGCUGAAGGACAGAUGUUUGCUUCUGCGCAAGUUUGCCCGCUACCACACGUCGUGGCGGCACCGGCGUCUUGUUGUUGCACUGCAGCGACAGGAAGAGCUGCGUGCACGUGUGCGAACACUGCAAGACCUUCGACGCAAGGGCGAGACACAGCUGCCGGCGCAUCUGGUGGAGAAAACAGAGGAAAGCGCAGACAGCAGCAAGGAGGCGGGCGACGCUGCAACGAAGAGUGUGGGCAAGAACGGCAAGAAGAAGAAGAAGGCAGAGAAACCGCAGCCGACAGAGGAGGAACGCAAACGAGCACAGGAGCUCCAAAGCCUGCUCAUGCCCGAGGAACAGGACUUCUGCGAGCAGUACGGCGUGGAGGCGGCCGUGUUUCUGCAGCUGAAGAAGUAUUUGCUCAUCAACAACCGCGUCCCAAACCGCACACAGCUUGGCGGCGUACCGUGGAAGGUGUUCUUCAGCAUUCAGUCGUUCUUGGAUGUGCGCGGGUGGCGCGGGAGUGGCAGCAGCAUGACAACAGCUGCAGCUGCAGCAACGACAGCGACAGCGACAACAGGGGCAACAGCAAUGCCCCCACCCCCUCCACCGCCACCAACAUCGUCAUCAUCGUCAUCUGCGGCGGUGUCGUGGCAUGGAGGAGGCGCACGUGUCAAUGGCGUUGCGCCGGCUGUUUCGCUGUCCUCCACUGCACACGCUGCCAACAAUGGCGGUCACACCAGCGUACCACCACCGCCGCCUCCUCCACCAUCUGCCCCAUCAUCGUUGACAGUGAUGGCAAACGGGCGUUGGCGCGCUCCCCCACAACCACCAUCGUCCCAUUCAUAACCACUGUGUGUGUGUGUGUGUGUGUGUGUGUGCAUGCGCGUGUGCGUGUGUGCAUGCGCGUGUGUGUGCGUGCAUAUGUGUGUGCAAGUGCGUGUGUGCAAGUGCGUGUGCAGAACCUUUAAUUGAUAUGGUUUUCCCAUUAACUCUGUAAUCAUAUCAUCGCUCAGGCCAUCCAGAAGUAAAACUCCCC